GAAGCCGAGGGGCUGCCGUGCCGGAAGUUGGUGUGCUGUGCCGUAGCAGACGUCCAGCCGUGCCGGAGCGCGCGGGGUGCUCCCGCAGGCAUGGAGGCGCGGGAGCUGCUGCAGGAGCUGUGCGGCUCUCUGCGCGCGGUGCUGGCACGGGUCAGAGAGGGCGAACCGGGCGAAGGCCGCGAGCCGUUCGAGCCUCCGCGCUUCUGGGACGCGCUAGGUCAGGCAUUCAAGGAAACAUCGCAGGAAGCUACGAAGCUUAGUUUGGCCUUCUCGAGGCCUCCACUGCCUUCUGCAGAGAAUUGUCGGAAGCUGAGUGAAGAUGUCCAGAAUGCCAUUCUUGCAGUUGCCACAGUGUACUACUGGCUCCCCAAGGGCCAAGGUACUACACUUCGGAAGAUGGUACGAGAUGCUACCACUGAAGUAUUGGAAGGAAUGAUCCAGCUCACAGAAACAAUUCUCAUUUCUCCUUUGGGGAGCUCAUCUCAGGAGCAACUUAUAUCAACUGGUGGUGUGUGGGAGGCAUGUGAGCAAGUGUCCAGCCUGCCACGAGAUAACCAGGCAGCAGUUGUGUCAGCUCUGUCUGCAUUUCUAGGUGUGGUCAAGGAUGCUGUGGAAGAGAUGGAAAAUUGUUCUCAGGCUCUGGUGGAAGAACAAGACCCCUACAGUGAUAUCAUAGAAGAUGAGGAGCUCGGCUUUCGGGGUAACAGAGAUACCUAUUGGUCAGAAGCUGACCGGAAGCUGCUUGGCUCCUGCAUGGGAUUAAUGAAGGCUUCUAAAGCUUGCCUGAAGAAGGUCUUGAGUGUAGUAAAGGCUUAUGGAAAAGCUGACUCUCCAGAGCAGAUUGCUCAGCUGGAUGACCUUGCAGACAUUGCUAAUGAGAUAAGUCCAAGCAUUGAUGAGCUGGCAUUGAGCAUGUACCCACCUAUGAACCAUCUGGCCGUGCGACUCAAUGCUGCUAAAUUGGCCUCAGUAUUAAAGAAAGUCUUAGAGAUUACAAAGACAAGCCAUGUAUGUCCACCAUCAGAAGAAGGCUGGGUGCAGUUUCUAACGGGUGCAGUAGAUCACAACAUGGACAAAAUCAAGAACUUCACACAGGGUGAACUUUAGCUCUUCUGUGUCCACAUGUUUCUGCCACUGGCUCUGAUAUAUGCUUUCCCAGUGAAUCUGGCCGUUCUUCAGCUACAGGGAGAAUUAUGCGGAGAGUGUUUUUAGGAGGGAACUUUACUGCUGCCUGGCAGAACUUGCCCAGAAAAUCCCUCUUUGCAGUUGCAGAAGAUGUAAUUUUGCUUGGACUCUUGGGAUGAUGCAGUGCUUCAUUUUAAUGCUGUGAAUGUGUUCUGUUUCUCAGACAUUACAGCUGCCAUGGGGUUCAGAAAACAAUAAAAUAUUGCUAGAUUGGUGUCGUUA